GGUUGUUUUCGAGGAGCUGGACGUUUAACCCUCGGUGCGGCCUUGCAGGGAACACCCGACGUUUUGGCUAAGUCGCUUACACAAGGAAGAUGACCUUGGUUUUUUUUGCUAAUCCAGCCCGCUGAAAACAGCCCGGUUUCGAGGUAUUUUAGUCUGACUUGACCCUGAGGAUUACCAACCACCCAUAUGGAAGUCCUACUUGUACCAGCUACAGCAGGAAGCCCCGAGACCAAAGAGGAUCACAUGUCCUCAGGAGAUGGAGAGCAGACCCAAAUACUAUGGCAGAGAAUUUCACGGCAUGAUCCCUCGAGAAUAUGCAGAUGAGCUGCUGGCGGGUGUAGAGGGUGCUUACCUUAUCAGGGAGAGCCAAAGACAGCCAGGGACACACACCUUGGCCUUAAGGUUUGGGCACCAGACCCUCAACUACAGAUUGUUCUAUGACGGGAAGCACUUUGUCGGGGAGAAGAGGUUCGAGUCGGUCCACGACCUUGUGACGGAUGCGCUUAUCACUCUCUACAUCGAGACCAAGGCAGCGGAGUACAUCGCCAAAAUGACCACUAACCCCAUCUACGAACAUCUGGGUUACACCUCGCUACUCAAGGACAAGAUGGUGCACAGGUUGAGCCGUGGACGCACAGAACCACGCAGGGUCACCUUCCAGAGAGACGAAAGGAUCUCCUCACCUCUGGUGCGACGGAGCGUCUUGAAAGACACCACAGAGAAGCAGUGCUCCUAUGAGAAGAUCCACAACUUCAAGGUACAUACCUUUCGAGGGCCGCACUGGUGCGAGUACUGUGCCAACUUCAUGUGGGGCCUCAUAGCCCAGGGUGUCCGCUGCUCAGAUUGCGGGCUGAAUGUACACAAACAGUGCUCCAAACUGGUUCCAAGCGACUGCCAGCCGGACCUGCGCAGGAUAAAGAAAGUGUUUAGCUGUGACCUCACCACGCUUGUUAAAGCUCAUAACACGACGCGACCCAUGGUGGUGGACAUGUGUAUUCGAGAGAUAGAGCUGAGAGGUAUGAAAUCUGAAGGUCUCUACCGAGUGUCUGGCUUCUCAGAGCACAUAGAGGACGUGAGGCUUGCCUUUGACCGAGAUGGUGAAAAGGCGGACAUUAGUGCCAAUGCCUAUGCAGACAUCAACAUCAUUGCUGGUGCUUUGAAGCUCUACUUAAGAGACCUUCCCAUUCCAGUCAUUACAUUUGACUUGUACUCCAAAUUUAUUCAAGCUGCAAAAAUUCCAAAUGCUGAAUCCAGACUGGAGGCCAUCCAUGAGGGUUUGCUGCAGCUCCCCCCGGCCCACUAUGAGACCCUGAGAUACUUAAUGGCUCACCUCAAGAGGGUGACAAUGUUCGAGAAGGACAAUUUAAUGAGUGCCGAGAACCUGGGGAUUGUCUUUGGUCCAACCCUUAUGCAGCCACCGGAGCAGAAUGCCUUGACAACCCUGAAUGACAUGAGGCAGCAGAAACUAGUGGUGCAGCUUAUGAUAGAGCAUGAAGAUGUCUUAUUCUAAGGACUGAGGCAUGCAGGGCUUACAGCAGAAACGAAGGACGAUUAUUUAUUCUGUCAAAGAGGAAAUUCAAGCCACGUUGAUUCUUAUGAAGUUCCGGAAUAGUUUGUAAUCCAGUUGAACUUGAGAUGCUUCUUUCUCGCAUGACUGUUUUAGUUGAAGUUGGUUAAUGUUGACAUUGUCUUGUUACUGUAGGUUUUGGGUUUCCAUACUCAGCCAAGACUAUCAUUUUUAUACUAGGGAAUGAUCCUGUAUUUUCAACUGUCGACAGUGCUGUUCCCUCCCGGCUUUAACCUGAAGACUGUCACUACCUGGUGUAGACACAGUCAUGAUGACAGCACUGUGUGAAAUCUGCCCCAGGGCAGAUCGUCAAUCAUUGUUGGCCUGGUGCUGCGUAAACCAAGUGUCACAGCGGCGGCCAAGUUUACGUUCCCACAUGACGUGUGCAUAUUUGGAUUUUUAUGGGAACAUUAGUUAACAAUUUAGUGAAACAGUGUGGAUCCUUUCAUUGUAGAUAAAAUCAGGUCAUGUUAUGAUCAAUAUUUUAACUGUGUGUACUAAAAAAAAAGAGAGAUGAGACAAUUGGGGACUCAUGAAGCACUUUUUUGCAACAAGUGUACAGAUUUAUUUUGUAAAGAUGUUUAUUUUUGUCUUUUAUUCUGCAUCAUGUUCUGUCACAAUAAUAUAUACUGUUGAGAAUGAUGUUUGUUGAAUUGAUGUCUAAAUGCAAAACUGUUCACAAGAGAAAAGAAGAAUCAGAAGAACGAGUUUGUGGAGCUACCAUUUUCAUUUUUAAUGUGUUCAGUGUUAUGUGAGGGAUACACAGGUGUUUAAAUACUGGUCAUUAAAUCACAUUACACCUUGGAGACUGCUCCACAUGAGCAAAUUUCUUCUUUACAUGUAUUGGUCGUUCUGUUUACAUGGUGUUAUUUGGGAUAUUUCCAAGUGGAAAAUAAUAUAGUGGCCCUUUUCUUCCCCCAUUUUUUUUUUUAAAGCCAGAAACAUUGCUCGGUGCUGCAAUAGUUGUCAUUCACUUCAUAGUGCCACAGAAGUUGACAGUCAUACUAAAGCUGUAGCAUGCGUGUUUCUUUCACAGUUUGUUUGAUGUGAUUAUUUGAAUACUUUCUACAAAUCCAUUUUAUCAAAAUGUAUUUUUGUGACGGUUGCAGUUAAAAAUGUAAUUUAUCAAAUGUUGAUUUAUUAAAGUAUGUAAAACUUCA